CCCAGUGCUUGCGUAAGGAGGAGCGAGUUGGUGGCUGGCGGUAACUUUAAAAAUGCUUUGCGGAAUUACAUCUGGAAUGUUUCGACGUUUACUAAUUGUUUUACAGCUGUGCUUACGUACGCAGAGGAGUUUGUUUGGAUUCCUGAACUUUGUGAAUUGUAUAGGAGCUACGUUUACAUAAAGUAUUGGGCCCAAGAUGUGGCUGUGAUCUCUGGUGCUGGAGUUCUUUGAUUGGCGGAAUUGUUUGCUUGCAGGACUGGGAACGACUCCUUCCUUGCUAAGAUGCACAGAUCUGUAUAAAUGUGGCCAUGGCUUGCCAGUUGCAGCAGCUGUUUUCUGUGGGGGAAGAGUUUGAAGAUGAGGAUUUUCUUUCUGCUGUUGAGGCCACGGAAUCCCAACUGCCACCUCCUCAUGCUGAAUCGGGAGGGCUACGACCUAUUGGUUCAUUGCUAAGAAACCAGACUGGUCUCUCACCAACCUCCAGAUUGCUUCCUUCAGUGACCUCUACUGAGAUGUCCCCAGUUCUUGGUAUCAGUAACUUAAUACCCCAACCACAUCUCUCCACAGAAAAAACGUUGUGCCUCAAAACCUUUGCAGCCACCCCUCAUCCUCCUCCUAGCACUCUGAGUGAAAAGUUGUCUCCCUUUGGCUUACAGAAUGCUGGUAAAUUGACAACUCUCCACAGUGAUUCCUUCUCCUCCUUAGCUGCCGAUAUAAGCAGGACACCGUCAGAGUUCAAGUUUACCAGAACUACUAAAGGUUCACAUGGCACAAAACUGGUUGAUGAUGAUGUAGGUGAUGACUUGGAUGAUGCUUUACUUUUGUCUGCUUUUGAAGACCUUGACAGGAGUGGGGUUAGGCAACGGAAACACCUGGAACCUUCUGUAAACACUAUAAAGGGCACUUUUGAGCCACCUAGUUUGGGUCUCAGACGUGCAACUUCUUCAGUCACUUUGCAGAGUGAAAAUGGCUGUGGGAGCACUUUGUCUAAAAAGCCACGCGUUUCAACCCUUCUGAAAUCUGCUACUGGUGAGGAACCAGUUUCUGCUCAGACGUGUAACCAGCAACCAGCCUCAGUGGAUUCUCGUUUUGCGGAUGGCCCCAAAGAAAGAGUGAAUGACUCUCUGGUGGCUCAGCCAUGUGCUUCUUUUUCCGUUACAGAUUUGGGCAGAACUAAUGGUUUAAGUGUAUGUCUUGAGAGAAAUGAACAGCAGCAGCCAUUCCUGCCCGAAUCUGGCAUUGAUCAAAGGGCAAAUACAGUGUCGCAAAACAUUACUUGUACAAGAAUUAAUACUAUGCAUGGCUCCAAGUCUGUUUGUCAGACACCAAACUUGCCUAGAAGGCCUGCAUCACAGGACAUACUUGCCAGGAAUAGGCAAGAUGUGGGGAGUAUUGGUGGGAAACCAAUGUUUUCAAGCCCGCGUAUGAGGCAGGCCCAGCCAGGACCCUGUUUAAAUAGAAACUCUGUGAGAACUGACAAACCUGAUCUGAACUCUCCCUCUUUUAAGAGGUUUUCUGCUGGCAGUUUUGAACGCUCCGCAAGACUUUCAUCUGAGUCCUCAUUAUUGAUGACAAGUAUUGUGACACCUAGCCCAUCAGUGAAGGCCCCAGUGUCACCUGCAGUAGCAUCCAGCUCUCUGCAAACACCAGUUGUCACUAAUCAUUUGCUGCAGCUGGUUACUGCAGCCAACAAGACUCCACAGUACUCCACUGGGAAAUCUUCAAGAGCAAAAAUUCGGCGUUUCCCAGGGCCUGCAGGAAUCCUACCACAACAGCAAAAUGAAAGAAACAUGGAUGAAAUACUGAUUUCAACCCUACAUACCCCUACCCAUGGAGCUGUAGCAAAACCACAAACACAGGAAGUGACCAGCACCCAGCAGUCAGGUGAUGAAGACUUUGGAAGAGGUCCAUGGAUGAUGAUGAAAACUGAGCAGAAACUGAAUGAAAAAGACCCUUUCUGUUUCCUCAGAACAUGCAGCGUUAUCAUGGUGCUUCGGAAGGCAGCACUAAAGCAGCUUCCAAAAAAUAAAGUUCCAAACAUGGCAGUGAUGGUGAAAACACUUGAUCGAACAAGUUCUGAUGCCAGAGCCAUUUUUAAGGAUCCCACAGGAGAAAUGCAGGGGACUGUACAUAGACAAUUGUUGGAGGAGAAACAAAGUGAAAUAAAGCCUGGAGCAGUGCUGCUUCUAAAACAGGUGGGAAUUUUUUCACCCUCACUUCGGAAUCAUUACUUAAAUGUUACACCAAAUAAUCUCAUCAGAGUUUAUCCACCUGAUGUCAAAAGUUGGUCAGUCAGCCAGGACUCCCAAACAGGAGAGGACGAUGUUAACACCAAUUCACUAGGCUGCCAGGAAACUCCAAUAAGUGUACCACCACCUUCCGUGAGUAGACAAAUGUUUAUUCACAACAUAAACUCAACGAUAUGUGAAAGUAUAAAAACACCCAUAAAACCAGAUAGAACAUAA